UUUACUUGCAUUUCUUUUUCUGCAAAACUUUUGCGAAAAGCUUUACUGCGUGUUUCCUGCACGUGAACUUCUGCAUUAUUUGGGGAUUUCUUCAUCAAGCUUUCGAAACUGAAAUCAGGUAAUGUAUACGAACCUCCGAUUUUGGUUUAGUCGAAGUGUCUCUCUCCUUUCUCCAUUUCUAUGGUUGAUUUAGAGUCCUUUGAAGGAAGUUAGGGUUAGAAGUGAGAAGGAUUUUGAAUGUGCAACAGAGGGGUUUUUUUUUUUUUUUUAAAGGGGCCUGACUUAUUCCUCCCCCUACUUCGUGCAGAGUUUGAGAAAAUGUCUUCAAAAGAAACAGUAAGCAUAGUAGGGAGUGAGGUGAUGCCCCUAGACUAUGGGAGUAUGGACUCGGAGAGUAGUCCAUCUCCAUCUAGUUCGGAGAAAAUGGUGGAGGGGGUGAGAGGAGAUGAGGUGGUGGAGGUUGGGGGGAAUAGCAUACCCAUCACCGUCGUAGAAGUAAAGGUGGAAAAUUACGAGAUCUCUUCUCGAGUGUUAGUUAGGCCAGCUUGGGUAGAGGAGAGGGCGUGUUCUGCACCUCGGGAUCAUUGGAUGCCUGUGUACGCCAACUAUUUGAUAUCGGGGCUUAGGUUUCCAAUUCCUGAGUUGCUAGUAGGUUUGCUGUUAGAUUAUAACAUAGGGUUGACACAAUUAGUCCCCAACACUAUGAGGGGGGGUAGUAGGAGGGAUAAGGGGUGGUAUUAUUUCACCCCUAAGGUAGCGAGUAAGGAGAGUAGAUCUUUAUUUACUGUGGGUCCUUCAUCCAUUAAAGGAUGGAAGGAAAAAUUCUUUUUUGUAGAUGAUAUGGAGUGGGAGAGAGGGGAUAUCGAGGUGAGGGAGUUAGCAUCCUGGAAGGCGAAAAGAGCCAACCAGAAUAGCGCGCAAUGCAUAGAAGCUGCUGAGCUCUAUGGGCCAAGCGCUUUAAGUGAAGCUGAAAUGGAUAAAUUUUUAAACACUGUUGAAGGAGCGGCCAUCCCCAAGAAGCCAAGGAAGAAGUCGAAGACUUCAACCAAGCAAGUGGAUGAAGGGAGGGCUGGGAAGAAGGUGGUGCCCACUACUUCAGCUGAUGCGGAGGAGGAGGUGCCACAAUUGAAGAGGAAGGGUUGGGAGGAGAGGAGGGCACUACAGAAGAAGCAGAAGGUGGAGGAGGGAGCUGAGGUACGAGCUCCUGGUAAGGGAAAGGGCCUUGUUCCCCUGAUGGCGUUUCAGAGCAGCCUGUUCGAGGCGAAGAACAUGACGGGAGCUAGGUGGUUCAUCAACACCACCUUCCCCAAAGUGGACAAACGCAACGCGUGGGAUGAGGCUUUGAGGUAUUGUGGGGCUUCAGUGGUGAAGCACGUGUUAGAGAGCGCGAGCUGGGUGAAUGGUCUAGCCCAAGAGUUCAUGAAUAGCGUGAAGGAGCGCUCCCUUUUGCAGAGGCAGUGUGACCAGCUGCAGAAAGAGAAGGAUGAGCUAGAGAAGAAGAAUAAAGACCUACAAGAGGCGCUGAACGAGGUGGUUCCAACUGUGAAACAACUAGAGCAGGAGAGGGUUUCCCUGAGCACCAAGCUUGUCUUUGAGGAGAGCAAACGAAGAAUCUCUAAAAGUGAGCGUGAGGCUCAGGCGAAAGAAAUAGGGCUGAUGAAGGAUGCGUUCGUGGAGCUGAAGGAGAAUGUGCAGAAGUUGGUGCACAAUGGGAUGAAGGAGCACAUCAACAACUUCAUCAGCUCUUGCUCGUUUGACAACAUCGUCAAUUUAUCACCUUCGGCAGAGCAAGAAGAAGGAGUGGAGGAGGACGGUGAGAGCAUGUCAGCAGACUUCUGUCCUCAGAUCAAACUGAGGUGGGAGCAUGAUGCGGACAGACGUGCUAUUUUCCCUCCACAAUUCGACUUCGAGUUCAUUGCAAUGGAGGACGAAGGGGCAGAGGUAGAGGAAGAUGAAGUGGAGGCAAGAGUGGGAGGGACUGAAAUGGAUGAGAGCCAACCAGUUCAAGAAGUGGAAAUUCAUCCAGUUCCUUCUGACGAUGAGCAGCCUCCUCUUCCAGAUGAGCAGCAGCUAGUACAGCCACCUCUUCCGGCUGAGCAGGAGCCAGUUGAGCCACCUCUUCCAGCAGAGGAAUAAUUUUUGUUUGUUAUUUGUUAUUUCACGUUUUUAUUGUAAUAACAGUAAAACAAUCUGUUGUAAAAUUUUCUCCUUUGAAUGAAAAUUCAGUUUUGAAAUUAUAUGUUGUGUUUGCUUUAUACUUUUGUUAUUUUUAUUAAUAAAAGAACUAAGAUUAC